ACCCGCCCAUUUCAUAAAAAAACAGCCAUGUCGCACUACUUACAACCAAUUUCAGAAGCCCAAAAAAUCGAAAUUUUGAAAACCUUUGGCCGAACCCCUGAAACGGUCAAGAGUGACAUUGAAGCGAUCGAAGAAUGGCUCAAAAAACAGCCACACUUGCAAAAAAUCCCCACUGAUAUCCCGAUCGAAAACUUUCUACAUCUGGCCAAAUUCAGUGUCGAAGGAACGAAGAGACUAAUCGAUGACUUUUACACAAUUCGCUCGCAACUGCCGCGAAUUUUCAACACGAAAGAAGUGAAUCCGAAUUCGGAAAUUCUGGCCAAAUAUGCCGACAUCAGUUAUUUUAUCCCGUUACCGAAACUAACAAGUGACUUGAGCCGAGUCAUUGUGUGUAAAUUCAUCGAAGACUCGGAGCUUUUUAACCCGAUUUAUUCCUACAUUUGGAGUGUCAAUGUAAAUGUAAUUCGAUUAUUGGACGACUUUGCUGUUAACAACAUCGUGAUUUAUGAUCUCGAGCAUUGCACUUUGAGACACUUGGCCAAAAUCACGCCAACAAUGCUUAAGAUUUUCCCCGAGAUUCGCAAAAAAAUUUUAAACAGGUCGGUCAAAUCGGUCAAUUUGGUCAAUUGUUCCUCACUCACUGACUACUUCCUCCGUUUUUUUAAACCACUAGCAAGUCAGAAAGUCGUGGAACGGAUUUGUGUGCAUAACGACUUGCAAAGUUUGCACCAAGUCGUGCCUAAGGAAGUCCUGCCGAAGGAUUACGGCGGCGAGGAGAAAUCUUUGAAGGAAUUGAACGACUUGCUUAAAUGCAAAGUUAGGGAGAGUCGGGACGUUUUCGACAACUUGGACAACUUCACAGUUGACGAAACGCUACGCCCGGCCAAGCUAGUCAACGACGACAUCCUGGGUGUUUAUGGCAAUUUUAAACGACUUGCUAUCGAUUGAAUAAAAAUUUUGGUUUAUUUUA